CUUACACUGUAACCUGGUUAUGAUGUUGAGAUGUUUCUCUUUAUUUGGACUCUUAACGUUUCUUUUGUCAUCUUUGUUUAGAUGUGAAACAAAUAUUUGCUCUGCUUUCAGUAUUGUUAGUCAUCACCUUGUCUCGUCCUGAUGAGGAAUUUAACCGUAAUUCUGGUGAAUGUGUUCCUGCUGACCUCAACUGUGGCUUCAAGGAAUUGUGGCGACGGCUCUGAUGAGGAAUUUUGUGGCUCAUGCGACUUUGAGGAUCACUCCUGCGGUUGGAAAGAUGUUAGUCAAACCUCUUAUUCCUGGAGAAGGCAGAUGGCAAACAUUACCUUAAUACCUGGACAGGACCAUACCACAGGAAGUGCAUGGGGUCAUGUCAUGCAUAUAGAUGGUAAGGAAGGAGGUGGUUUGUUUUCAGAUGCUAAUUUGGAAUAUUCUGUUGACCAGGGAGCUGCUCUGGGAUGCCAGAUUAGGUUUUGGUACCAUAUUUAUGAUCAAGAAUCAUCAUCACUCCCAUCAACAUCAGCUCUUACAGUAAAAAUGGUCAGAGACCACACUGAAACAGAUUUACUGAAGAUUUCUGGUGAAACAGAUGGUUGGGAGAAUGCCACAGCGUUAAUUGGGAAUCAGCCAGGAGGAUACAAGCUGCUGUUUUCAUUCAGUCUAUCAAUUUUGGAAAAACUGGAUGUUAUGUUGGAUGAUAUCAACUUUGAAUACUGUAAAGAGGGGGAAAUCCCAGCUGGAGGUACAGAUAACCUUUCAUGUGACUUUGAAAAGGAUACCUGUGCAUGGUACCAUGACUACAGAGCCAGUCUCUUGUGGGAAAAGAGUAAAGGUGGAUAUGAUCGCCCAACUGGGAAUGGCUACUACAUGCUCAUAGAAGCUAAAAGAAACCUAAACAUCUCAUCAGCAGCCAGACUCAUCAGCUUUCCUCAACCUGCCGGUCAAGUGCUUUGUGUGAGUUUCUGGUACCACAUAUUUGGCAACAGCAUUGGGUCACUCAAGUUUAUUGCAAAGCAUUCUGGUGAGCCAGAGACAGUUGUGUGGAUGAGGAGUGGCACCCAAGGAAACAAAUGGCAUUAUGCUGAUCUUACCUUCAACAGCGACAAACCAAUACAGUUUAUGAUAGAAGCUGUUAUGGGAGGUGAACAAGGGAGCAUAGCCAUUGAUGACGUAGUGGUGUUCAGCGGUGAAAAUGGUUCUUGUCCACCAGAGAGAGAGUGCACCUUCCAGGGCUCCCUUUGUGGCCUGCUGCCUCACCCAUCUGCAAACUUCAGCUGGGACCGGAUCACCGGAGAGUCCCAACCAGCCAACUCUUCAGGCCCCAGAGUGGAUCACACACUGGGGACAGAUCAAGGUUAUUACCUGAGCGCCCAAUUGUGGAGCCAUCCUGUGGGGUCCAGAGGUGCAAUGACGAGCGCGGUGCUCGAGCCCACCCCUUCAAAAGGGGAAUGCCUAAUGUUCUGGUACUACAUGGAGGGAAGUGGCGUGGGAGAGCUAAAUGUGUAUCUUCAAACCCUUGGCAGCCACGAAGAUCCCGUCCAGCUCUGGACCAGAGCAGGUGAUCAGGGGAAGCACUGGAGGCAUGGAAGAGUGACACUUCUCAGUCCUCAUAGCACAUAUCAGGUGAUUUUUGAGGCGAUAGUUGGGGAUGAACCAAGCAGAGAUAUUGCCAUUGACGACCUCAUAGUCCUGAAUGAUGCAUGCCCUCCGACGGGUUUUUGUGACUUUGAGAGGGACUUCUGUGGUUGGGUCAACAAUCCUCCCCCAGAGUUUGGAGUCGAGUGGGAUUGGCUCUCUAGCAAAAGUGAUAACUCAAUGAUUCCACCCAGAGACCACACCACAGGAUCUGCUUUAGGCCACUUUGCAUUUUUCAUGGCAUCCGAUUCUGAUAAAGAAGAAAUUGCCCAACUGGAGAGUGAAUCAAUGGCAGCUGUUGACCAAGCUUGUCUGGAGAUGUGGCACCAUGUUGGAACAUGGCUGUCAAAUAGGCCUUCAGCUAUUACACUGACGGUGUUUGUCAAUGAGGCUGCUGGACUGCGUGCUGUAUGGAAUACAAGUGGAUAUUCGAAUAACACUUGGAUCCGAGACAGGGUGGAUUAUAGCGCAUCAGGCCCUCACCAGAUUAUUUUACAAGCAAGGUGUCCCGCCUCAACAGAUGAAAGCUUUUCCCUGGAUGACGUUCACAUAAUCAGGAACAUGUCUUGUGAUGACCUCAUUCCAACCACUACACCAUACCCAACCACCACCAUGACCAGUGCUCCUGCCUCAGCCAUGGACUGCACCUUUGAAGAAGGUCUGUGUAACUGGGUCCAGGAGGCCAAUCAUGAUUUGAACUGGACUCUCAGUAUUGGACUUCCAGUUGAUCGACCAUGGGAUGGACCUCAGUAUGAUCAUACUGUUGGGAAUAAUGAAGGUUUCUUUCUACUUAUUAAUGGAUUUGGAUCUAAGGAUGAUGAAAAAGCAGUCAUCUCUGUUCCUGUCAUUACUCGCACAUCACCAAUCUGUGUUGAUUUCUGGUAUCACAUGCUUGGGCCUUCAGUGUCAAACCUGGAUCUGCUGGUUCAAACACAAUCAUCUGAACUCUUAGUUUGGACUCGUCGGGGAACGCAGAAUCCAGAGUGGAUGAAUGCGAAAGUAACCCUCAGCAUGAAUGACAUAGUACAGAUUGUGUUUAGUGGUCAAAGAGACACCAGCAGUCAAGGAUUCAUUGCUAUUGAUGAUGUUAAAGUUAGAGAGGGGGCCUGCAGUAAUCACGAUGUGUGCGGGUUUGACUCGGACUUGUGUGGCUUUGAGAAUGAUGUGAGUCAUUUGGGUCGCUGGAUUCGCAGAAAAGGAACAAAGCAUCAUGUGGAUCACACAUAUGGAACUGAGAAUGGUUUCUACAUGAUGGUAACAUCAAAUUCUACACAGGGUGAGAUCGCUGAGCUGUUCACACCAGAUUUACCUUCAGCUAAAGAAAUGUGUGUUCGUUUCUGGUACUGGUUACCCACAGACUCCUCUAGCAACCUCGCUGUCCAUAUAAGACAAAGCGCAGAAGUUGGUGAUGUCCUCUGGCAGCAGACUGGAGGGCUCUCUACAGGCUGGGAGAUGGCAGAGGUCACGGUGUCAUCGCCUACAAAAUUUAAUGUGGUGUUUAAGGCUGUUCAUGUGCCUGGCACGAAUACCACAGUGAAAAUUGAUGACUUUUCUGUGAGGGACGGAGCCUGUAGUCCUGCGGGUAGCUGUGACUUUGAGUCUGGACAAUGCACCUGGGUCAACAUCCUCAAAGAAGAUGGACAUGACUGGGUGCUGGCCAGAGGAGGCUUCCACGGUCCACCAACAGACCAUACCACUCAGACCCCGGAGGGUUGGUUCCUGUUGAGCUCGUCACCAAACCAAAGUCACAGCAGUGUUGCACAGGUAGUGUCUGAAUGGAUCCAACUUAAAGACACCACAUCCUGUCUCACCUUAUGGUACCACAUGGACAACAGCGACUCCGGGACUUUGCAGGUGUUCAUACGUUCAUGGCCGUCAGAGGAGGAUCUGAUGUUCCACAGUAACAGCAGUGAGAGCCGCUGGAGAAAGUUCUCUCAGUCUGUAGAGACGUCCAAACCUUUCCAGCUGCUGAUCGAGGCAGAGACUAAGAGCAGAGGAUUCAUUGCUAUUGAUGACAUUGGUCUCACACCAGGCCUCUGUCAAGUUAAUGAAACAGAUUUGGGGUUUGCGGGUUGCUCGUUUGAGAAUGGCACAUGUAACUGGGAGGACAUCAGUGUUGGCCAGUGUCGGUGGACAAGAGGAAGGAAUGUUACUGGGAAUACAGGACCGCCCGUGGACCACACUCUGGGCACUAAUCUUGGUUGGUACAUGGCAGUGGAACCUAACCGGGGUGAUCAAAUGAGCCCUGCUACCCUCCAGAGUCCCUCCAUGAAACAGGCUAGCACCACCUGCAUACUACACUUCUUCUACAACAUGUAUGGAGAGGAUGCAGAAGAGCUGAAUGUGCUACUGAAGGAGGGAUCCAGGACCACCAGGCUGUGGUGGUUAUCUGGUAACCACGGAGAUUCAUGGCAACACGGUGAAGUAACGAUUGGCAGAAUACCUCAGGACUUCACCAUCCUGUUUGAGGCCUCCAGGACCUUCGAUAUGCCCGGAUACAUCGCUAUUGAUGAUGUGGACUUCACCAACUGCAGCCUGCCUGAGCCACAGCCUCAGUGUCCUGAGGGUGUGUUCACAUGCAACAACAGCGUGUGUGUGGACACCAACCAUGUGUGUGACUUCAGCGAUGAUUGUGGAGACUGGUCUGAUGAAAACAACUGUGAGGUACAAGGUGUGUUGGAGCGAUGCAGCUUUGAACACAGUCUGUGUUCCUGGGCAGCGAGUGAUGUGGACACAUCCGGAGCUGAGUGGACGGAUCACAAAGGAGAGGACGCCUGGCCCCACCACGGGCCUCACAGGGACCACACACAAAAUUCUGAUGCAGGUCACUACAUUAUACCUGGAACACACCUGACUGCAAGUGGCGAGACAUCAGAGAUUCUGUCCAAAACUUUAUUGCCCAGCUUUAAUUGCACUGUGAGAUUCUUCUACUUCAGCCUGAAUGAUGCUUCAGGACGACUGACUGCACAGUCCAGGACUCUACGGUCCGGUAGUGACGACAGAGUUUUAUGGAUCAGGGAAGCAUCACAAAGCUACAGCUGGCAGAGAGCCGAGGUUACGUUGUCCUCUGCGACCAGCAGCAAGAUUGUCUUUAGGUAUGAGCUCGGCGAUGGUCCCAGAGGUCUGGUUGCACUGGACGAUGUAUCUUUCUCCAGGGAUUGUGUAUUUGACCCCGACAACAGCGAGCUACCUGACCCGUCGUUCACCUCUGCCCCACCAUCAACCUCUAACACACCCACUUCUCCACACUUGACCUCUACUGCCCCAGUAAACCCCUGUCAGGAUAAUGAGUUUUUUUGCUGGCAGUCACCAGGAAAAGUGUGUAUUCUGGCUACCUUGCAAUGUGAUUAUCAUCCAGACUGCCCGCAGGGGGAAGACGAAGCUGGCUGUGGUCCGUGCACGUUUGAGAAUGAUCAGUGCCGAUGGACUGAUGUUAGCGAUGGACAGAGCAAGUGGCAGAGGCAGCGAGCCAGUAACAACACUGAGCCACCCACUGAUCACACUACAGACACAGGCUACUACAUGAGAGUUAAUUUCAGUAAGGGGUCUACACAGAGUGAAGCUCAACUCGAGAGUCCCUCACUGUCUCCUUCGUCCCCCUACUGCCAGAUUCGGUUUCACUUCCACAUCAGUGCAGAGAGUGCUGGGUCACUCAGAGUGCUUAUGCAGCAAGCUGGAGGGAGUGAAGCAAUCUUGUGGUCACGUAGUCACAGCACCGUCUCUCAUUGGAGCCUGGAGCAUCUGCCUCUUGGCCUGCACCAGCAGCCUUAUAAGGUUUUGUUCAGUGGUGUGAAUAAUGCAGCUGCUACUCAAGACCAUGUUGUUGCUGUGGAUGAUAUCUCUUUUCUAAACUGUGAAAAAUCCUACCAACCGCCAGCUCUGGCGUCCUUUGGCUGUUCUUUUGAAGAUGGUCUGUGUGCUUGGGUUCAGGGGGCUGAGGAUCAGCUGGACUGGCUUAGCGGGACAGGUCCUACUCAAACCUCUAACACCGGGCCUGCAGGAGACCACACCAGCAGCAAAGGGAAAUACCUUUACAUCGAGAGUUCCUCACCGAGCAUCAAGGGUGAUUCAGCCCAGCUGAAGUCUUCACUGCUUCCACCUGCUGGUGAAAAAGGAUACUGUUUGUCAUUUUGGUACCACAUGUUUGGAGCCACUGUGGGUUCCCUCAAAAUGUUCCUGCAAACAUCUGAUCCCUUAGAGAAAACCCUGGUGUGGCAAAAAUCAGGAAACCAAGGAGAUGAGUGGCUGCAGGUUCAGAGCCAUGUGAUCCUGCAGAAAGUCCACCAGGUUGUUCUGGAGGCAGCAGUGGGGGGAGAGGCUGGAGACAUAGCCAUCGAUGACAUCUCCUUGAGUCUGGGAGCAUGUCCUGUUUCUGAUUUGUGUGACUUUGAGCACGGGAGCUGUAACUGGCAGCAGCAAGCAGCCGGUGAUUCUGAGUGGAUCAGACAUCAGGGAUAUACUCACAACCCUUACACAGGACCAGAGAGCGACCACACCACCAGCACACCUACAGGUCACUACUUCUACCUGCCUUCAUCGUCUACUGACCGAGCUGGCCAGAAAGCUGCAAUGUUUUCACCGCUGUACCCAGCAGACAAAGGAUCUUGCGUGCAGCUGUGGUACCACAUGUAUGGCAAAGGAAUGGGGACGUUAAAUGUUUACCAGCAAAGUGAAGACGGGAAGGAAGCUCUGAUUUUCUCUCAGACAGGAGACCAGGGCCUUCUGUGGAGGUUUGCUCAGGCUUCUCUUCUGCCUCAGCUUCAUCCUUACAGAAUUGUGGUGGAAGGUGUGAAGGUUGGCCCUACACAGGAGGGGGACAUGGCUAUUGAUGAUGUACAGCUGACUGAUGAUCAGUGUCCUCCUCGUGGAUUUUGUGACUUUGAGAACACGAUGUGUAGCUGGAGCAACCUGGGUGAAGGAGUCGACCAGGGAGAGUGGCUCCGUGGCAGUGGUGGUUCCCCAAACCCACAUACAGGACCCAGUGUGGAUCACACUACUAAUUCCACACAAGGUCACUAUGUUUACGUGGACAGUUUUGUGGGUGAGUGGGGAGACUCAUCCUUCCUGGUCAGUGAUGUUUUACAGCCCUCCACACGAGGGCACUGUCUCACAUUCUGGUACCACAUGUAUGGAAACCAUGUUGGGACUCUCCGUGUCUAUAUAAAUAACUGGAAAAUGCAGGCUGGUGGUGAUGAAGUGGGCCUAUUGAAGUGGACUGAAACAGGAAACAAGGGAGAAAAGUGGCAGAUGGCGAAUGUGUCUGUCACACAUGAUGAAGCAUUCUGGUUUGUGUUUGUGUAUCAGCGAGGCAGGACCGCAGGUGGGGACGUUGCUCUUGAUGACAUCACCAUCGUCCCAGGCAGCUGCUACACAGAGCCUCCCAUUGAUCACUCUGAUAAUAAGGGUAUGAUUGUCGGCCUUGCAGUUGGGCUAAUUGUUCUUGCUGGGAUCAUCAUCUUCAUCAUCCUUGUUAUGCUGAACCAAAAUCAUAAUAAAAUGAAUCAGCAGUUAUUUGUGAACGAUGAUGCGAUUAACCAGAACUCAGUGUUUGACCUGUAUGACUGCAGAAUAGACGGCACGCAACAUAGCACUGAAUCUGACUUCUCCUUCUUUAACAAGAUUUAUGAUCCAUCGCCGCAAGCAAGGGAGGCCGCCACUUCAUCGACUGAUGCUUAGACCAGAUGUUUUUCUGUCAAAAUAAAUAAAAUAAGUAAAAUCUAAA